AAAAAAAAGUUAGAAAAUAUAAUUAUUUUAGAACUAACGAAGUAAUUAGCAGAAGAGGUGGAUGAAAUUCGACAAAUUAAAACAGGAGAUGCCCGUAGAGUGCUCCAUGAUUCAACCAAAGUGUGCUGUCCAUGAACUAGCUUUCAGCUUCAAGUUAGGAACUCUGUCAAUCGGUUGUCAUUCUCUUAAUCCCCAUGUGGGAUAAUCUAAUUUCCUCCUUGCUUCCAUGUGAUUGCGGUUAAAGAUUUCCAACAUAGAAGUGGAUGCAUGAGAAUCCAAAUCUGCAAGGAAAUAUAGAUAUGCUUGGCAAUUUUCACCUAAGCAGAAAAGAUUGCAGAAUCCAUCAUCUUCAACCAAUUAAAACCAUGAUGGCUGU